CCAACCCACCAAGAUGCAAAGUGCCUUGAAGUUUACUCUGCACUCCUAGGUCGUAGACGCUGUCCCCGCCCUUCCCGUCGAGCGAACACAGCACACGUCAGGCGGACCCGAAUACCUGCAAGUUUUAGAGGGGCGUGAACCACACUCGAUUUAGGAGAGCCCUUUCCAGCCCUCACUUUCGCAAAGAGCCGCGCUGUCCCACCACCACAUUGCAUCGACACCGCCAUUGGACCCGCGCGCUGCAGCAAGCGCGGCGCGUAGCGACGUUGUUCAGCCCACACAGCCCUGCCUGCCCGCGCCAUGCUCAUUUGCAGGUGGGGUCGCACCGCGAGAGAGAUUUUCGGCCGAAUGCUGUAGCCGCCAGAGCACUGCAGUCGCCAGAAUAAAUGUGAUAAGGGUCUGCUUGACGCAAUGGUGCAACGAACAACGUUUUACCUACCCGCGAUGUAAUUGCGAUCCUGACCACAGGACAUCGCCACGUUGUUGGUGCGUGAGUGUCGUUUAGUGUGAUCUCGUUGCGUUGCUAUCUCUUCUCUAUCGCGACGCAAGCUUUCGCUUCCGCUUCGCUGACUCAAGGCGAAGAGCCCCUGGUCCAGGGUUCGUCGGCUCAAGAACAGGCCUCCGGUCGAUUGGUGAAGGAGGGACGAAUCGGCAGCCGCAGAUGAAGCGUCGGUCAACGUGAUCUGGUCUUCGCUGACUUUCACCAACUCUUUGCAAACUCUUUGCUAACAGUAGGCAAAGAGCCCCCGGGCGAGAGGUUUAAAACCAUGGCGGAGGAGGAGGAGGCGAAUCGGCAGGCGCAGAUGGAGAAGAUGGAGGAGCUUGAAGCGAUCUACGGCUCAGAUUGCUUCUUGUAUUCGAGCGCCGAGCACUGCUGCAUGACAUCCAUCCAGCACCCCGAUUCAGUCACAAGUAUGGACAGUCACACCCGCCCCUCCCCCUCCCUCACACUCCUCGUGCAUCUCCCCGCCUCCUACCCCUCCCACUCCGGCCCCGUUGCUGAGCUGUCGCACUGUGAUUGGCUGCUGGACAACGCCAGGAGCAGGCUGUGCUACCAGCUGGAGAGAAUGGCGGGGGGAGGAGGGGGAGGGGCAGGGGGGGGGAAGGGGGAGGGCGAGAGGGAGGGGGAGAAGGAUGGGAGAAGGGGGGGAGAAUGAGGGGGAGAAGGAGGGGGAGGAGGGGGAGAGAGAGAAGUAGAUGGGGAGGGGCGUGUGGGUGGAGAGGUAGUGAUAUUCAAAUGGAUCGAAUGCAUUAAGCGUGGCAUGGAUCACCUGCCGCACGCAAACCUCUCGCCCUGCUCUUAUGCCCCUCACAUGUCACGCCUCACACAAAAAUCCCCUUGGCUAUCCUUCAGGUCAGUGCCAUCCCGCACCCAUCUCCACUGAUCAUCCGACCUCCGCUUGUCGCACUCUGAGGGGCACUAGUGGUUGGCGGUUGUAGCGUCUGUUGGAAUAAUGACGCAUGCACCGUGUAAGAAAAUAAUCCAGAGACAUACCCAAAACAGGGAGACAGAAAUGUCAAACUAUAUAUUUAGAUAUAUAUAUUAUUUGUGUAGUCUUGGUAGAUGUGCUAUAUUACUGGAUCCUACUGUAGAGGGGACAACCCCCCCUUUUUGUAUCUCUUCCUCUUCUAGUCCAAA